CUGCAACGAAGGCGACCGAAAAAAUUCAUGUACUUUAUGGACCCGAUACUGUAACGAUUCGCACAACACAGCGUUGGUUUGAUCGAUUUCGUUCUGGUGUAGUGGCUGUCGAAGAUACACCCCGUACUGUUCAGCAUAGAAUUUCACUACGACUUCGAAGUAAGAGAACCGCUUGGUCGAUGGGAAAUAUUACACCAGAAAGGGAGUCAUUACUCUGAACUGAGCAUUGAAGCAUAGUGAAGAAAGUUAAACGGUGAGCAGAUAAGUAAUAAUUCUACAAUUACGAUAAGGAUCUAAGCCAAGAUUUAGACAUCGUAUAUAAUUCAGAGAUUUGCAAAUCAAUCGAACGCACGCCACAAAAAAAUGAGUCACGACGCCGAGGCUAUUUUCGAGCAAGAAACCAGCCUGGGAAUGCGGGUUUGGCAUCUAUUGUUUCUCGUGUGCGGUUCAGUGUUGGGUGUAGUGAUUAUGUUCUGCUGUUGUGUACGAUUCCGGAUUCCACGUACCAAACAGGAAAUCGAAGCGGAUUACCAGAGGAAGAAAUUAACCCGAAAAUUUCGCGAGCGGUUGGAUUGUAUGCAUAACGCCGAAAUUGAUGAGAUGGAUUUACUUAAAGCGCUCGACCGCGUGCGCCAGGAGUGUCUAGCAGAGAAGCAGAAAAACGACGGAAAAGAGGCUAAUGAAAACUCCAAUAAUCAAGCCACCAAUGAUAUUUGCAAGUGUGUCUAA